AUGAGUGCAUAACCACAGCAAUAAAUAAUAUUUGGUGCUUGCAAAGUUAAGGAUGGAUUGUACAUAGGUGAUGAAUAUGCUGCUAAAGUAAUAUAUUUUAAAUUUAAUAAUGUAGGACAUAGAAUUUAUUGUGGCAAACAAAAUUGGCUAUAUUGUUAAUUGUUCUUCGGAUUCUAUUGAAAAUCUCUUAGAAAACAUUGGAAUCAUGUAUUUCUCAUUUUAAUGGCCAGAAGAUUAACCAGAAGUAAAAGUUUUUUAUUUUAAUCAAGAUAGUUGUAUCAAAAGACUUUGUAAAUAAAGUUCAUGAGUUUAUAGAGGAAAGUGUUACUUUGGGUUAGAGUUGUUUGAUAACCUCCUUGCAUGGAUAGAGCAGAGCUUGCUCCUUGGUUACAAUUUAUUUAAUGAAUAAGUAUGAUUGUUAAUUAUUAACUUAAGAUUCAAAUGGUCACUUUAUAAAACACUAGAAUAUUUGAACUCUCGGAGAAGUGAUUUAGAAAUCAAAACAUCCUUUUUCACUGUUCUCAAUCAAAUUGAGAAAUUGCUUAAUCCAGAAACUCUCUCUAAAAAAUGGGAAAUGUUAAAUUCAUAAUUUAUUAAUUUUUAGACAAUCCAACACAACUCCAGAUGAAAUCAUUAUCACCAAUACAUUUUUCAAUGCUCAAUCAUAAUAGAUAGAUUAAAUUUAUAUUUAACCAACAGAGUUCUAAAAAAUGAACAAUAAGUCCUAUAUUUCCAUUAUAGGUUGGACAGAACAACAUGUUCAAUAAAAACAUAAUCCUCUUAAUUAAUUUAAAUCAAUUCUCAAAGUAUUAAAUCUCUAUAUUUAGGGAUCCAAUGCUGUUUUUACAAAGGAUGGAGGAAAUAGAAAACUUGCACUUAAAUCAUUUUCUGUAAAUAAAGAAAACAUCCCUGAAAGUGUACCUCAAAGGAAAAACACUCCUUCAUAGAGGUCUACACAACGAAGCACCAGCAAUCCUAAAUAAUUACAGUAGCCCUUAAUUGCCUCUCAGUUCAUUAAUUAAUCUCAACUUCCCCCUCAAAAUCUAUAGAAUCAAACUUCCAAUCAGACUUAGAAGAUUCCACCAAAAACUAUACAAGCACUCCCUCCUUCAGGAUAGAAUUCAAAAAAGUCCUUAAUUAUCUAAAAAGAACCUAGUUUACAUAAAAAAAGCAGUGGCAAUUAAGUGGUAUAUCCGGUAAAAAUCUUAAGACCGAAAAUGCCUAAUUUUGAUAAUAUUUGA